UGGACUUAUUGUUGUAUGACGUGAUGCUGAUAAUCAAUUUGGUUUUGCAGGAACUCAAAUCCAACACAACGAAGCCUGAAUCAUCAGUUGUUGUCAUUUCGGUUGGAACAAACAAUGUGAGUAACUCAAACUGCACCAUCGAGAGUACAAGGCAAGAUGUUUGCGAGUUAGUUGACUCACCAAGGGAAAAGUUCAUCAAUAGCAAAAUGCCCACUGGCCUCAUCACCAGAGACAUGUUGUUGAGGUCUAACACAAAAGACCCUCAAAAACUUACCAACGACCUAAUGACCUGUCUCUGGGACGAGGAACAUCUUGCCACCCACUCUCUGACUGGCAGCAAAUCAGGAACAGAUGACAACCCAGCCAAAACAAAGGAGUCGCUUGAUGGCAAGUCGAUUGAGGCCAUAGUUACUCGUAAUGCCACUGAAGUCAAGGAUAUAACAAGUAAUGAAGAAAAAAUGGAUAAAGAGGAAGAGAGAGUAUUAAGAUAUGUUGCUGGGUAUGUACCGUAUGCGUUGUUAAAAAAGUUCAGAAAACAGAAAAAUCCUGUCGCCAAACUGUAUUGUAGAUUUCUUGAAUCAUGGCAGGUCAUAGACCAGCGGGCGUAG